AUGACUCAAACCCAGGAUCCAAAGCCGGCACCACUUACCAUUGCCGAAGAAGAGCUACUAGCUGCGAGCGAGGCGGUGUCUAAGCUGAGUCAGUCGCAAUUGGAUUCAUUCAAUGACUGGGUCAAAGACUCUAAGAAUCCUGGAGUACUCAAGGCAAAGUCUUGGCUUACAAGAAGAUACGAUCUCUCUUACAACACCUUCUCUUACUCAGAGCUGGUUCUCAUGUUGAAACGGGCCAAAUACCUCUCCAGUAAUGAGAGCAAUAGCGAGGACAAGGUCGACUUUGUCAUUCGAAAGCCGGGCCUCGGCUUGCCUCUUGGCCACAUGCCCGAUCAAGAGGACCGCUUCCCUCUGCUUUUCAUGGAGGAUAAUUACGAGAAUGGCUGGCGAGCCGCCACUUUACUUAUCCGCGAGACUUGCAUGCUCAAGCUCGUGAAUGAGCUGUCUGAUAAACCGGAGUGGUGGCGUAAAGUUAAAGAUGAAGCUAUCUCCAGCAAGUGGAAGAAAGAGGCAUUGGAAAUGAACUGGACUUCUUAUCGGAAGCACGCCGACUUUACCUCCGCUAUGGCCAAUGCAUGCAUCAGUGAGCUGCGAGUUAAAGCAGAGCUAUACGAGAAGACCGGUUUAAUGCCUGUCUACGACUAUGCAACUACUAUCAUCAAAUCGGACAGUUUACUGACACCUGACCUGGCCGAAGCUCUCCAAGAGGGUGUGAAGCCGUUGGAAGAUGUCCCCCCGGAGUUGAAAGAUUGGCAUCCCAACUCCAAGGAACAAGUUCUGGAUCUCGUGCAUCCUUCACUUUGGCCUUUGAUCUAUGGUCGCUCCAGAGUUCUCGAUGAUAGAGUCAUCGGGGUUGAUGAUGCCCUUGCUUCCUGUGGUACCGGCGUCGUACUACGCGCACCAGGGUCCGAGCAGACAACGCAUAUCAUCGGAGAGGGCGGCUUCUGCGAAGACGAGGUCGUGGUGUUGUCAAACAAGUUCCAAUGGUUACCAUGCGAUGUUGACCUUGACCCGGAGACUGGCAAAGCUAAGAUUGCGAGUUACAUCAACAAUCUUCAUCCACUAGAACAUGCCCGUCUCUAUCCCAUCAUUGAAAGGUUCAUCGAAAGGUCACUACCAGCUUGGGACAUCAUCUACGAUUGGGAAGACUCCUUUUCGGUGCAGCGCCUCACAACAUCUGAGGCCGAAUAUAAUGAGUGUCCCUGCCCAGAGCUUUGUGACGUCGAGGACGGCUAUGGCUGCACUCCAUGGAGGCGUCCUCUUGGUGAGGAUGAGGAGCCUAGGUACGACGUUGAGUCAUGGGAAGAAAUACUGGCAGACAUUGAGGAAGAUGAUGGUGAGCCAGAUUACUACGAACUGGGUGAAGAGAAGGCAGAGGAUUAUAAGACGAAUUGGAUACGCAGAAACUUGGAUGACGCUUGGUUUGCAUCAACCCACUCUGUCAAGCUCCCCGACGCCGACCCAAGCGCAAAGGAUCAUGUGAAGAUUCAAGCUUCAGAUGUGAAAGCCAAUGGGUUUUUCAAUAAUAGCAGUCAGAUCCAGGUCAUUGUCAAGCUUGCUAACAUUCACUUGACGCCUGACAAGCCCGUCUACAAUGGUGGUUCGUGGCAUACAGAAGGCCUGCUAAAUGAGCAUAUUGUCAGCACAGCUCUUUACUACUACGACAGCGAUAAUAUUACAGAUUGCACUCUGGAUUUCCGGACUUGCGCUGACAAGGAAGACCUGGCUGCCGAGAUCUCAUAUGAGCAGAACAGGCAUGAUCCAAUUGAGCGAACUUUUGAUAUUACUCUGGGAGGGAGUAUCUUUCAAGAUAUUGGUUCUGUUCUCACCAAGUCUGGUAGGGCAAUUUUCUUUCCCAACGUCUUGCAACAUCAUGUUUCGCAAUUCAAACUCGCCGAUCCUACCAGACCCGGUCAUAGAAAGAUCCUCGCGUUAUUCCUCGUCGACCCAGCGAUACCCAUCAUCAGCACUUCCAACGUGCCGCCGCAGCAGAAGCAUUGGUGGACAACCCAUUCAGGAUUGGAUUCUGGACGUGGUGUGAUGCCACCGGAGUUGGUUGAAAAAGUGGUUGAUAACAUGGAUUGGCCAAUUGAUCUGGAAGAAGCUAAAGAGGUGCGCAUGGAUUUGAUGAAGGAGCGGACGUCAUUUAAAGCAGAGGAGGAAUCGAGAUUUGAGAGGAUGGAAUGGAAUUUCUGCGAACAUUGA